AUCCCACCAGCACCACCAAGACCUGAUUUCGAUGCUUCAAGAGAAAAACUACAGAAACUUGGUGAAGGAGAAGGGUCAAUGACUAAGGAAGAAUUCACAAAGAUGAAACAAGAACUGGAAGCGGGUUGGAUAACACAGAAACCUUGGGUUUCUUCUACUGCCACCUCCAUCCUCUGCAUCCUUCUUUUUUGUCUUCACUGAAUGACUACCCUCACAGAGAUCAAACUUCUCCCAACAUUGAUCCUGCUGUUUUCCUGUGAGUAUUUGGCAAUAUUCAAGAAGACAGUUGCAAUGCAUGAAGUCUUCUUGUGUCGUGUUGCAGCACAUCCUAUUUUGAGAAAAGAUUUAAAUUUUCACGUCUUCUUGGAAUAUAAUCAGGAUUUGAGUGUACGUGGAAAAAAUAAGAAAGAGAAACUUGAAGAUUUCUUUAAAAAUAUGGUUAAAUCAGCAGACGGUGUCAUUGUUUCAGGGGUAAAGGAUGUAGAUGAUUUCUUUGAACAUGAGCGGACAUUCCUUUUAGAAUAUCACAACCGAGUGAAGGAUGCGUCUGCCAAAUCAGAUAGGAUGACAAAGUCACAUAAAAGUGCUGCAGAUGAUUACAAUAGAAUUGGAUCUUCACUGUAUGCAUUAGGAACACAAGAUUCUACAGAUAUAUGCAAAUUUUUUCUUAAAGUUUCAGAAUUGUUUGAUAAGACAAGGAAGAUAGAAGCACGAGUAUCUGCUGAUGAGGACCUCAAACUUUCUGACCUUCUAAAAUAUUACUUAAGGGAAUCUCAAGCUGCUAAGGAUCUCCUAUACAGAAGAUCUCGGUCACUAGUGGAUUAUGAAAAUGCUAAUAAGGCACUGGAUAAAGCAAGAGCCAAAAAUAAAGAUGUUCUACAGGCUGAAACUUCUCAGCAAGUAUGUUGUCAGAAAUUUGAAAAGAUAUCAGAAUCUGCAAAGCAAGAACUUAUUGACUUUAAGACAAGAAGAGUUGCUGCAUUCAGAAAAAAUUUAGUGGAACUGGCAGAACUGGAACUAAAACAUGCAAAGGGUAAUUUACAGCUGCUGCAAAGCUGUCUGGCAGUGCUAAAUGGUGAUACAUAAAUUACACUCCAUGUUCCUGUUAACAAGGGCUGCCUUUUUAUUGUGUUGUUGUUAUUGUUGUUGUUAUUGUUGAUGAUGAUGGCCUCCAAGCAUUUACAGGACAUUGGAGGAAAAAAAUCCUCUGACAAAAUGCACAUAAUCUUCUGAUUUUAAAUAAUGGAUUAAUACUACUCUCAAAUGAUUCCUGAGUAUAUAAUGCAACUCUGCUCAGAAAUACAUAUAUUCACAUGUACAUUUAUUUAAUCAUUGUACACUUUUCUUGUUCAGAAACCAAAAGUUGUUUUCUUGUGAAAGUAAACAAUAUAAUUACGUUCAUGUUAUAAAUAUACUUACAUGUAGCUGCCAAUCUUGUUUUUCAAGUUAUCGUUUGCUCAAAUGGGAUAUGUAUUUCCAUUGGCUAUUUUUGAGUACUGUUACUUUACUAUAAAAGCAUUGUUUAUUCAAAUAUACUUGCAAAUCAUUUUGAUUUGGCUUAUUUUUAGUUAAUGAAUGUUUCUUAGAAGUUUUAAAACAUGUUAUGUAAUCUCACUAUGAUUUUUGAAGAAAAGCAAAUGCAUUAGUAUGUCUGCCUUAACUUGUAGACUAAUUCUUAUUGUAAAAUAAACAGUGAUAACAGUGAUAUUUUUAAACUACGCAGUCAUUGUAUCACUAAAAUUUGCAGUUGCUCUAGUAAACCUACUCGUUUGUUAGGCUUUACAAUGCAGGUUCAGUUUUUUAAAAGUAUAUAUUGAACCAAGCACACCAGUCCCUCUGCAAAAAAUAAAUAAAUAAGGUACACCUCUGCUCUCUCAACACAUUCAAAGAUAGAAUUUAGAUAAACGAAUUUAGAUAUCUGCUUACAAAAUAUGGAAGCACAAAGUUGACAUUGGGAAUUACAGAGCCUAGUUUAGUUAUCAAGCUAGUUUAUGUGGUUUAUGCUCUCUGACUGCUUGGUGCUUGAAUUCCCCAACUUGUUUGAUUUGAUAAGAAAAUAUUUGGUAGAUUUUGAUUAAAAAUAAGUAUAUAGAAACCACAUUUGUUGUCACAAAUUAAAAUUGAUUUUGACCUUUAUAAUGUGAAUGACCAUUAGUAUGUUUACUGGCUUGAAGUUACAUUGAGUUCAGUUUGAUUUUCUCACUUUUUCUAAACAUUCUUUCCUUUGAAAGUAUAGUCAUUUGGGGUUAGGAAAAAACCUCUAAUGAGUUGGCUAGUUUACUUUCCCUGCAUUGUAGCAGGUUUGUUUACAUUUUCUUAAACCAUUCCUGAUGAAUGCCUAAUCUCAGUCUCAAAUAUCUCCAGUGCUGGUGAUUCCACAAUCUAUUUCUAUGUGUUCUGUUGCCUAACUAUUGUUUCUAGUUAAAUGUUUUCUAACUUUCUUAAAUAUCUUGAUAGCAUUUAAGCUAUUCCUUUGUUGUUGUUUGUUGUUAUCAUUGUCAUAGUUGUUGUGGGCUAAGACCUCAUAUUUGGUCCUUUGUGUAACUUCCUUUGAGGAAAUACAUUAGUGGGAUGAGGACCAUAGCUUCUGGAUUUUAAAUACAACUUCACUUACUGCCUUGGUGGCCUUGGGCAUGUUACUUAACCUCUGCCUCAAUUUCUCCAGCUAUAAAAGAUAAAUUUGCCUACCUCACAGGGGUGUUGUGAGGACUAAUAAAUGUUUUAAACUAUUUUGAAAAUAUAAAGGUACUAUGUGAAUGCUAAACGAUAGUACAGAGCUAAAAAUGCAAAAUCUGGCAUUUACUGUUAUGCUUUUUAUACUAAGCUUGAUCUUUGUUUUCAUUAGGAGAGGUAUUGUAAUUUUCACUUUGCCCUUCUUGGCAUGUUGAAAAUUCUUUGUUUGGCAGUGUUUGAUUAAUAAAUAAAAGUAU